GCCCCCAAAAAGAGCGUGGAGGGGGGACCCAAUCAGUCCACAUAGACAGAGAACUGUAAAGAAGGAAGCAAGCAACUGAGGUCUGAGGCUAGCUGCUCCAGCUUCUCCUUGUUUACUCACUCUGUAUUAUGGAUGAACUGUACGGCCUCCAUUCCAACACCACCGACUACUCGGUGCAAGGUUCAAUGGAUAAUUAUUUAGUGAACAACAAUUAUACUAACAAUUACCAGUCCUUUCAGACUCCGGUUGCCGGUUUAGCUGAGCGGGUCCAAGUUUUUGGGCCGGACCGUUUGUUGUCCGGCUCAUCAUCUUCUGCUGUAUCUGAUGCUGCUUCAAUGGUGGCUGAGAUUCAAAGAGGAGGAGGAGGAGGAAGAACUAGCUCGGAUGAAGAGGCUUCUGGUGCAAUCAGAGCCAAAAUCUCUUCCCAUCCUCUCUACCCUAAACUCCUCCAAGCUUACAUCGAUUGCCAAAAGGUCGGAGCACCACCGGAGAUAGCUGACUUUUUGGAUGAAAUUCAAAGAGAAAGUGACCUUUGUAAGAGAACAGUUGCUGUUUCUACUCGCUUUGGUUCUGAUCCUGAGCUUGACCAAUUCAUGGAAACUUACUGUGAUAUAUUGUCCAAGUACAAAUCGGAUCUCAAAAGGCCUUUCGAUGAAGCCACUUCGUUCCUGAACAACAUUGAAACCCAACUCAACACUCUCUGCAAUAAUGGUGCUUCCAGAACCUGUGUUUCUGAUGAAGUAGAUGGAUCAUCUGAUGAAGAUGUCAGUGGUGGAGAGAUUGAGGCGCUGGAGUGCCAGCGUUCAAAUGAGGAUCGUGAACUGAAGGACAAACUCUUGCGGAAAUAUAGCGGUUAUAUCAGUAGCCUGAAGCAUGAAUUUUCGAAAAAGAAGAAGAAGGGCAAGCUACCCAAAGAAGCAAGGCAGAUCCUGCUCGAGUGGUGGAAUGUUCAUUACAAAUGGCCAUACCCAACGGAAGCAGACAAGGUUUCCCUUGCUGAUUUAACGGGGCUAGAUCAGAAACAAAUAAAUAACUGGUUUAUAAAUCAAAGGAAGCGUCACUGGAAACCAUCAGAGAACAUGCAAUUUGCUGUUAUGGAUAGUCUCUAUGGACCAAUUUUCAUGAAUGACUAAGGUGGGAUCCUAUUAUUUUGUAUGAGGAACUCGGACACGACCCUUUUCUAAUGCAUAAUGAAUUGCUUAA